CUCCCUCUCUCUAGCUCAGUUUCAGUGACUGGUUUUAGUAGCGGCAGUUUCUGAGGACCCCUAAACCACUCUGGCGAUUAACGGAGAAAUGCGUCGUUUAAAAUGGAUUAAUUCGUUACCGGGAACAUCAGCAGUCCACCCGUGAGGCGUAAAGACAGACAGAAGAGGAACCAGUGGCGUAAAUCUAGUCAAACCGCAGCGUCUGUCUGUCUAUCAGCCUGAAGUGUGUUUGUUGGGAAUUCCUCCAUGAUGCCUGAGGUACGGGACCUUUCAGACGCCCUACCAGAGAUGCCCAUGGACCCCAUCACUGGCGUAGGGGUUGUGGCUUCAAGAAACAGAGCUCCCACCGGCUAUGAUGUGGUUGCACAGACCACAGAUGGGAUUGAUGCAGACUUGUGGAAAGAUGGCCUGUUCAAAUCCAAGGUGACCCGCUAUCUGUGCUUCACCAGGGCGUUUUCCAAAGAGAAUAGUCAUUUAGGAAACGUGCUUGUAGACAUGAAGCUCAUCGACAUCAAGGACACGCUGCCUGUGGGAUUCAUUCCCAUUCAGGAAACUGUGGACACACAAGAGCCGGCGUUCAGGAAGAGGAGGUUAUGCAUUAAGUUCAUCCCGAGAGACUCCACUGAAGCCGCCAUCUGUGACAUCCGGAUUUUAGGACGCUCGAAACAGGCUCCACCACAGUACACCUUCAUAGGAGAGCUGAACAAUAUGGGCAUUUGGUACCGCAUGGGGAAAGUGCCACGAACUCAAGACUCUUCACCUGUACAGAACCACUCCAGCAACAACACCACCAAUAACAUCCAGACGCUCACCAACAACUCCACUCCAGCACCAGUCAUGCCCAAGCACAUAUCCAUGACGCUGCCUGCAUGUUUCAGAAAAAGCACAACCAGACCAGACUUUGAACACCAGAACUCCAACCUUUAUGCCAUAUCUGCGAUGGAUGGAGUGCCUUUCAUGAUUUCAGAGAAGUUUGCAAGUGCCUCCAGUGAUUUGCAGCAGGUGGAUCUAAUGGGCAUCAGAAUUAAAUCACUUGCAGAGAUUGAGAAGGAGUAUGAAUAUAGUUUCCGGACGGAGCACAGUGCCGCAGCGCGUCUGCCACCCAGUCCAACCAGAACAUCUCUGGGCUCCGAGGCCUAACGUUCACAAAAAAAAACCCUGAUCUGAUCUGAGCACAGACUC